UAAAAUUUCAGACUUCAUUCUUCCAUCCCAAAGGUUUUUUGAAGUGCUCUGUUAUUUUUUUAACUUCUUUCUUCGUUACAAAUGCAGAGAACCUUCUUUUAACUUCUUUCUUCCUUACGAUUGCAGAUUGCAGAGAACACAUCCUUUUUGGUUUAACGUCUGGUAUUAUAGUCAAGUUGAUCAGAUGGUUAUCCCAAUUCAAUCUAUCAUACCAUGUUUUCAAGGAAGUGGAUAUGAUAUUUGGAGUUCAAAGAUGAGGACUCUUUUUAUCUCUGAAGAUUUGUGGGAGCUUGUGGAUAUGGGUUAUAUAGAAGAGGAGAUUUCAAAAAAUGCUAUUAGAGAUGUACGAAAGAAAGAUGCUAAAGCAUUGUUUCUUAUUCAACAAGCAAUUGCAGAAAAUAUUUUUCCUCAAAUUUCAAAGGCAACAAAGUCCAAAGAAGCUUGGGAUGCUUUACAAAUAGAAUAUCAAAGAACAACUAAGGUUGCAACUCAAGAUGGAGAUGGUAGCCAAACUAACAUCAAAACCAUGGUAGACAUUGUGUAUGAGGCGGCAGCAAUGGGGGACAUUAAAAUCUUGGAGGAAAUUCCGGAGUCUGAAUUUGAAGUCCAAUUAAGCCCAAAGCAUAAUACAAUACUCCAUAUCGCAAGCGAAUUUGGUCAAACAGAUUGUGUGAAAUGGAUCCUUGAGUUGCCUUCAUGUUCAUCUCUACUGCAACGCCCUAAUAUGAAUGGGGACACUCCGCUUCACCUUGCAGCAAGGGAAGGACAUUUAGAGGUAGUCGAAGCUCUUAUAAAUACUGCAAAACAACUUCCCUUGGAUAUUGAAACUAAGACCAGUUCAGAAAAGGUUAUGUUAAGGAUGACAAACAAGGGGAAAGACACAGCCUUGCAUGAGGCAGUGCGAUAUUGGCAUUCUGAUGUAGUGAAGUUACUAAUUGAGGAGGACCCUGAUUUUAGCUAUGGUGCUAAUGAUUCAGGUACGACUCCUCUUUACAUGGCUGCGGAGAGAGGAUAUAGGGACGUGGUGAAAAUAAUCAUAGACAAUAGUACUUCACCAUCUUACAAUGGCUUAAUGGGUAGAACGGCCUUGCACGCUGCUGUAAUAUGCAAUAACCAAGAAAUAACAAAGAUGAUACUGGGAUGGAAGUCAGAUCUCACCAAACAAGUAGAUGAGAAUGGGUGGUCUCCACUUCACUGUGGUGCAGAGAGAGGUUGUGAUCCAACAAUAGUGGGUGAAUUACUAAAUAUAGAUAAGAGUGUAGCCUACCUUACGAUUAAAGAUGGGAACAAGACUGCCCUUCAUAUUGCAUCUUUCCACCAUCAUACUAAAAUAGUAGAGGAGAUCGUAUCUCACUCUCCUGGUUGUCGGGAGCAGGUCGAUGACAAGGGCAAUAAUGCUUUUCACUUUGCCAUGAUGAAAAAGGGAGAUGAUGAUUAUUACAUUCAUAGUUAUUUUAGAAACAAAUGGUUAAGAACUAGAGGACUUGUAAAUGAGAAAGAUGCUCAAGGAAACACACCUCUCCACCUACUCUCUUGUUACCAAAUUCGUGAUGUUGGGCUCUUAUGGAGGCAUCAAGUGGAUAAGAAGGCAUACAACAAUGAAAAAUUGACAGCUUACGACAUGACUUUGAGGGCCAAGGAGAACGUUUCAGCGAAAAGGAUCCAAGAGCAGUUCGAGUGGGCUAUGCCCGGUAAUACAUCUAUGGCUAUGGAGAAGUCAAUGAAGAAAUUGAAGAAAGAGACAGAAAGCAAAGAGUACAAGGAGAAAUACACCUCUGAAUUACGAAAACAAGGUGAAACCCAUUUGAUAGUUUCCGCGCUUAUAACAACAGUAACUUUUGCUGCGGGUUUCACCUUGCCCGGUGGUUACAAAGAAGAUGAUGGCAAGGCAAUUUUAUCAAAGAAAGCAGCUUUCGGAGCAUUUGUUGUGACGGAUACCAUAGCCAUGGUGUCUUCACUAUGCGCCGUAUUUCUUCACUUUUUUAUGACCAUGCGCAAAGAUGAUGAGUUCCUUGAGAAGCACUUGCUUUGGGCUUUUAUUUUCACCAUGGUUGGGAUGGGAGCAAUGGCGAUCGCUUUCGCAACCGGCUUGUACGUUGUUUUACCGCAUUCCUCGGGCCUUUCAUUUCUCAGUUGCAUCCUCUGUUCUUGCUUUUUCCUCUCCUUUGUUGUUGAAUAUUGUCAAUUUUGGAGAGGUACGAUUUCGGACAUGGUAGACAAAAUAACCUCUUCGCUCAAGAAAAAGAAAGAAUAGCCUCUUUGUUUUUGUUUAAGGUCGGUUUGGCAAGCUGAGGAUGGGGUUAUAUAAGAAAAGAAAAUGCAGAUGUGUAGACUCGGGCUCUCGGAUCUUUGGACGAGCUCUUUUAUAAGAGGGCAAAGAGAACCGGCUCUACGCUUGCUGAUAUUGAAAAACAAGAGUCCAAAGCAGGGAAAGUUGAAAGUAGGAGAAUCAAACUAUAUUCUACUUUCUUUUAUUUUUACAUUGAUUUUGUAUUGGAAUUAGAAUUAUAUUAUAAAUGUGCAUAGAGUAUUGAACUGAUUUAUCUGACCUGAGUGUCAAUGGAUACAGUUGUGAAUAUGAAUAACA